GCCUACCAAAUGGGUCCUGAAUGUAUUAUACCAUUUAUAUAGUUUGAUGAUUUGUUUUUUGAUAAUUAAAAACCCACAAAAUUAAUUUGAUUUUGAUUUUAGUGCAAAACCAUCCAAACUGAACCAUAAACGGCCUGCCAGUGUACCCGGUAUAGUCAGUACCAAUUAUAUAUAUUCCCCUUUUUCUCUAUAAAUUCAAAUCCCAAGUCCAUGAUAGUCACAAACCCCUCCGAUUUUACGCAUUCCCGCCAUUUCCUCUCCCUCACUACCAUUUGCUCUCACUGAAAUUUCGCUUCUGCAUUUACUCGCUUUCCUGCUUAACCCUACGUACUAUAGAUUCCACAAAUGGAGGCGUCGUUUGCACAUGAUCGAGAUGGUAACGAGCAAUCGCAGAUAAGAUCAUCUAUACCUGAAUUGGCAGAAGAGGAAGAGUCCAUGGUUUAUAUGGCAUGUGUUAUGCACGGACACAGGAUUGGAGUUUCCUAUUACGAUGCCAGUGCACGCCAACUCCAUGUGCUGGAAAUCUAUGAAGAUGGAAGUCAUGAUUUUUCCUUGGUUGAUAUGGUUAAAUAUCAGGCUAAACCUGGAACAAUCUAUACCAGUACUAAAAGUGAGGAAUCAUUUUUGGCAGCCUUACAGAGAAGUGAUGGUACAAGUGAUGCUCCUUCUGUAAAGCUUGUGAAAAGUUCAUUAUUUAGCCAUGAGCAAGCAUGGCAUAGAUUGAUGUACCUUCAAGUGACAGGGAUGGAUGAUGGUUUGAACAUAAAAGAGAGAACUGCUUUUCUAAGUUCUAUGAUGGACGUCAGCAGUGAUGUUCAAGUUCGUGCAAGUGGGGGCCUGUUAGCUGUGCUGGAAAAUGAGCGGAUCAUAGACACCCUUGAACUAAAUGAAUGUGGGAGUGCAUCAGUUGCAAUUGACUGCAUUUGCGAGAUUUCUCUUGACAAAUUUCUCAAAGUUGAUUCAGCUGCUCAUGAAGCAUUACAAAUAUUCCAAAUAGACAAGCAUCCGAGCCAUAUGGGAAUAGGCAGAGCAAAAGAAGGGUUCUCUGUAUUUGGGAUGAUGAAUAAGUGUGUAACCCCAAUGGGUAGACGUCUCUUGAGGAACUGGUUUCUGAGGCCUAUAUUGGAUCUUGAUAACCUGAAUCGGCGUCUUGAUACUAUAUCUUUCUUCCUGUCCGCUGAAGAAGUUUCGGUCUCUUUACGUGAAACACUGAAGUCUGUAAAAGAUAUUCCCCGCAUUCUCAAGAAAUUCAACUCUCCAAGUUCUAUAUCUACAAGUGCAGACUGGUCAGCUUUUCUGAAGAGUGUGUGCGCUCUCCUGCAUAUAAGCAAAAUAUUUGAAGUUGGCAUUUCUGGAUCUCUGCUAGAAGAGUUGACGUCUUUGGACCUGGAUAUUAUUGAGAGGGCUGGAUUUUUCAUUUCAGUUGAUCUAGCCUAUGUCUGUGAAUUGGUAAUUGGUGUCAUUGAUGUUGAUCGAAGUAAAGAGAAGGGUUAUGAGACAAUAGUAAAAGAGGGUUUCUGUGAUGAGCUGGAUGAACUGAGGCAGAUAUAUGAGGGAUUGCCAGAAUUUCUGGAAGAGGUUUUGGCGUUGGAACUUGCACGACUUCCUUGCAUGUAUGAAGACAAGGGGCUUCCUUCUAUCAUUUACUUACAUCAGAUAGGUUACCUAAUGUGCAUUUUCAAUGAAAAACUCGGUGAAGAAAUGCUAGAGACUCUUCAGGACUAUGAGUUUGCGUUUGCUGAUGAGGAGGGAGAACAUAGGAGGUUCUUUUAUCAUACUGCAAAGACAAAAGAAAUGGAUAACCUUCUUGGAGAUAUAUAUCAUAAAAUCCUGGAUAUGGAGAGAGCUAUAACAAGAGACCUAGUGUCUCAUAUUCUUCAGUUCUCAGUGCAUGUGCACAAGGCUGUUAGUUUUGCAGCUGAGCUUGACUGCAUUUUAGCAUUAGCCUUGGUUGCACAUCAAAAUAACUAUGUAAGGCCAAAUUUGACUGCAGAAGAUUUGCUUGAUAUAAGGAGUGGAAGACAUGUUUUGCAGGAGAUGACUGUAGACACAUUUAUUCCCAACGACACAAAUAUUACUCUUGAAGGAAGAAUUAAUAUCAUCACAGGCCCUAAUUAUUCGGGAAAAAGUAUCUAUAUCAAGCAGGUUGCCUUGAUAGUUUUCCUUUCCCACAUUGGAAGUUAUGUACCAGCAGAUGCUGCCACAGUGGGUCUAACUGACAGGAUAUUUUGUGCCAUGGGGAGUAAAUUUAUGACUGCAGAGCAGUCAACAUUUAUGAUUGAUCUUCAUCAAGUGGGAAUCAUGUUAAGGCAUGCAAGUCCUCGGUCCUUGUGCUUAAUGGAUGAAUUUGGUAAAGGCACCCUCACAGAAGAUGGUAUCGGUCUCCUUGGUGGAACCAUAAAUCACUUUGUAUCAUGCUAUGACCCUCCAAAGGUCCUGGUUUGUACUCAUUUGACGGAGAUAUUUGAUAGUGGUUGUUUACUGGAGUCAGACAGAAUCAAGUGUUACACUAUGAGUGUGCUAAGCCCAGAUAAAGGUUGUGCCAAUGUUGAAGACAUUGUAUUUCUCUAUAGGUUGGUCCCUGGACGUGCACUCCUUAGCUAUGGACUCUUUUAUUCUACAGGGUUGCAUUGUGCCCAGCUUGCUGGAUUACCUGAGGAAGUUCUAACCCGAGCAGCAUUAAUAUUGGAUACUCUCAAGAAUGACAACCAAGUUGAGAGACUUGUCAGUGAGGAUAUAGUAGCUCAGGAUCAGCAGUACAAGGAUGCAGUGGAGAAGUUGCUAGCUUUAGAUGCUCAAAAAGGUGAUCUGCUCCAUUUCUUUGAAGAGAUCUUUGCUAACCAAUCCUAAAAGGGAGGGGGUAUCAUACUCUUUUUUGACAUUCAGUUGUGAAUUGGAUAUAUUUUAUCAUACUCUUUUGACAUUCAGUUGUGAAUUGGAUAUAUUUUAUCAAUAAUGCAACUAUAUCCGUGAGAUUUCCGGGAUUUA